CCUGUAUUAUAGAUAGUUUAUUAGCUUUAUUAGCUCUACUGUGCUGUACUGCACUGUUCUAUAGGUCACUAUAGGCCAGUAUAGUGUAAUGUAGUGUAACAUAUGCUUAUUGUAGCGUUUCUUAGCUUUGUGUUAGUUCUACUGUGCUAUACUGUGUUUUUUGGAUUGUUUUAGUGUGACAUGUUUAUGUAGCUGUGCUGUGUUGCACUGUAUUGUAGGUUAUUAUGUAAUGGUGGUAUAAAAAGCUUUAUGGAGCUUUACUGUGUUAUACUGCGCUGUUUAUUAGAUGGUUAUAGGCCAGUGUAGUGUAAAGUCGUGAGACACCUUUAUGUAGCUUCAUAUUGGCUCUGCUGUGUUGAGUUGUGCUGUAUUGUAGAGAAUUAAAGUGCAGUACAAUCUAAUUGUGGUAUUAAAUAGCUUUCCUUAGCUUUAUGUCAGCUCUGCUGUGCUGUAAUUGCUCUCUAAUGUAUUGUAUACAGUAUUGUAGAGUAUCUUCAUGUUAGCUCUGUACUGUAUUAGCGUCAUUACUGUGUUGGAGUCUCACGGUUUGGCGCUGUAGAGGUUUUGUUGGAGAGGAUAGAGAAGUAAAAAGUGUUGUAGCUGUUAUUCUGUCUGUUUGGUCAGCAGUUUGAGGUGCUGCUGGUGUGACAACCGUCCUGCCUGUUUGUCUGUGGUUUAGUUAAACAACAGGAACGUGACUGUUUCAGCCGGGAGCUUCAUUUGUAAGUGUGAGUGUGGUGUGUCGUGAGUGUGUGAGCGGUGCGAUGGCUCAGCAGGGGGUCCGAUACUGGACGGUGAAGCAGGUGGGCCGCUGGCUGCGAGAGGAAGGCUUCUGCGACUAUGUGGACCUGCUGUGUAACAAACACCGGCUGGACGGCACCAGCCUCCUGACCCUCACUGAGUAUGACCUGCGCUCCCCUCCGCUCGAGCUCAAAGUGCUCGGGGACAUCAAGAGGCUCAUGGUGUCGCUCCGUAAGCUGCAGAAACAAAACGCAGAUGUGCUGGAGGAGCUCGGAUUCGCCCACGACGGACACUCGCCGCAGGGGAGCGCUGGUGGAGAGUGGCUGUGUAACGGAGAGUCGGUGCGGGACUGUGACAGUGUUGAUGCUCUCGGUGGAGAACCGUACCAGUACAGUAACGGAAAGCACAAGCAGCAGAGUCGCCGGCUGGACCCGGAAUACUGGAAAACCGUCCUCAGCUCCAUCUACGUCGUCUUCGUCUUCGGCUUCACCUCCUUCGUCAUGGUGAUCGUCCAUGAGCGCGUGCCGGACAUGCGCACCUAUCCUCCACUGCCCGACAUCUUCCUGGACAGUGUACCCAGAAUCCCCUGGGCCUUCGCCAUGGCUGAGGCGUGUGGUCUGAUCCUGUGUAAUAUCUGGCUGCUCGUGCUGCUGCUGCACAAACACAGGUCCAUCCUGCUGAGGAGGCUGUGCAGCCUGAUGGGGACGGUCUUCAUGCUGCGCUGCAUCACCAUGUUUGUCACUUCCCUCUCAGUGCCAGGGCAGCACCUGCAGUGCACCGGGAAGAUGUAUGGUGAUAUGUGGGCGAAGCUGCAGCGGGCCGUGGCGAUCUGGAGUGGGUUCGGAAUGACUCUGACGGGUGUUCAGACCUGCGGCGACUACAUGUUCAGUGGACACACCGUCGUCCUCACCAUGCUCAACUUCUUCGUCACUGAAUACACGCCGCGGAGCUGGAACUUCAUCCACACGCUGUCGUGGGUGCUGAACCUGUUUGGAAUCUUCUUCAUCCUGGCCGCUCACGAGCACUACUCCAUCGACGUCUUCAUCGCCUUCUACAUCACCACCCGUCUGUUCCUGUAUUACCACACGCUGGCCAACACGCGGGCAUACCAGCACAGCCGCCGCGCGCGCAUAUGGUUCCCCAUGUUCUCCUUCUUCGAGUGCAACGUCAACGGCCCCGUGCCCAACGAGUACUGCUGGCCUUUCUCCAAACCUGCCCUUCUCAGGAGACUCAUCGGAUAAAAACUCUGCUUUUCGUACCCAAAAAGAUACUGAACCGAUCUUUGUUGCCAUGGUUGUGUGGAUAGCCAGCAGCUUUCCACCCUUGGUCUUAGUGGACGGAGAAACUGCUGCCCUUCUGCUCCUACACAAACACAUACAGUACUGCAGGGAAGUCAGAGAGCACCAUUAUUUAUUCAGCUUACAGUCUAAACAGACUUUAAGUACUUGUUGUUCAUUUUUAAAGAGAUAUUUGUGAGGAGAUUAAGUAUAAGAUGGUCCACUUGGAUAAAGAGGGAGAAUAAGAGAGUUUCCAAAAUUAGAGUAAUUAUUAAAAGCUCCAAAGAAAAUGUGGCUCCUAACAACCACCUGGAAGACCUGGUAGACACCAAAACUGCCCCAUCAGAUAAACAGCACUUAAAGCCUUGACCUUUGAGAGAGAGGAGAAAAUCAAGCUCCACUCUUUGCUUCAGAUGUAAAAAAAUCCACAUUUAUAUUUAUGCUCAUUAUGCUUAUGCAUUAUUUCUCGCUGCAUUUCGUCGUGCUAGACCUCUUUUCUCACCGCUGGUGGGCGUUUCUUUGUUGUUAUGGAAAUUAAGGAACAGUACUGAACAUAAUGUGGAGCAGUGAACAAUCAGAUACGCUGUUCGCUGUUGCACAUAAGCUUACAAAGAGACUAAAGUACAGACAUAUCACUGCUGUCGGAACAAAACCUGGCAUCUCCAAAAUGGUAACUUUACAGGAGAAGGAAAAAACCUACUUUACUUUUAAUGUAAGUCAAUGGAACCAGAGUUUUUGUGAGGUCAUUUUAGGUUGUUUCUUUUGAUCCAUUCAUCAUGAAAUUUACACACGAUGUAAAAGGACAGUAGUUACUUUCAAAUGAUGUCAAAAACUGAAAAACAAAAACAAAAACUGAAAAAGAAGGUUUUCCUCCGACAGCAGCGAUAUGGUUUUUAUUUUUAAAUUUUUUUACAUAAUUUUGCAUCGUUCAUCCACACAAGCUAGAAAGCGGGCUCUCUAUGGUUCCCCGCUCAAAGCGUGUGAGCUACAUCCAAUCAAGCGUCUCACUUCCAAAUCUGUUCAUAUGAAACCAGAAAUUUUCAUAAUUAUAUAAAACUGACUUGAAUUCGAAGAUGAGUUAGAGAGACGUCGCUGUUCGUUUUUCUCUUGGACAGUUAUGUAUGCCAGUCUACAUUCUUGAAAGAUGGUUCUUCAGUAAAGGUAAUAGUUCCAUUUAGAACCAUGAGUUUUAUAUAGAACCAUUUGCAUGCUUAAAUGGCUCUUCAGAUUGAUGAAGACUAUGAUGUGUGUGGUUCU